AGCUGCUCAGUUGAGUUUACUCUUACACGGUGGAGCUGACUGCUGGACUGGACUCUGAACUACCCACAAGGCACUAGUUCCCUAGUUCUCCUCCAGCCUUUGUGUGAAGGAGAAGCCAGUGGCAUUGUCCCAAAGGUCUGUAUGUAAGAUGAGAGAGGGAGGAUGUUGGAUUCCUCAAUAAGGCAUCCAUCCAGUGGCUCAAGAAACCUGCUCUGAAGGCUGGCCGGGUUGAAACUGUUCAAUCAGAUAUAUCUUCACUUCAGAUCUGAAGUUCCUCCAGAAGACUACCUCACCUCACCUGACCUGACGGGGACCAGAUACAAUACAGCCAUGUCUCUGCUGAUCCAUGUUCUGGCCUGCUGCUUCGGCCUGGGCUCCUGGGUGGCUGUCAACGGCCUGUGGGUGGAGCUCCCCCUCAUUGUCAACACCCUCCCCGAGGGCUGGGAACUACCAUCCUACCUGACAGUCAUCAUCCAGCUGGCCAACCUGGGGCCUCUGCUGGUCACUGUCAUGCACAAGCUGUGUCCGGGCCGGCUGAGGGAGAGCGCUGUCAUCUACAGUGUGUUGUUCAUCGGCGUCCUGGCCUGUGUGCUGUUGGCGUUCUUCUGGGAUGAGACCACGGUGGUGGCAGCGGCGCCACGGAGCACGGUCUUCUUUAUUCUAACCCUUUUCCUGGCCUUGGUGGAUUGUACUUCCUCUGUGACCUUCCUGCCCUUCAUGAUGCAGCUGCCAGCCAACUACAUCACCACCUACUUCAUUGGAGAGGGCCUGAGUGGCUUUAUCCCUGGUCUGGUGGCUCUUGCCCAGGGCGUCGGCAUGGCCAAGUGUGUAAAUGGCACUCAGUCCUCUGGUAACCUUUCUGAAAAGGACAUGUACAUUGUCCAGACCCAGUAUCUACAGUCCAACUUUUCCACCGAGGUGUUUUUCUUCUUCCUGGCGGCGAUGAUGUGCAUCAGCCUGGUGGCGUUCUCUGCCCUCAACAGGCUCCCACGCACCUUUGAACUGUCCACAGAGAACCUGGUUCCAGACACUGACACAGUGGCGUCGGUCUGCUCUGGUCUUGACAACCCUGGAGUGGUAACCGACGAGCAGAAUUCGAACCCAAAACACCACAGUGAGGAAUCAGGUCAGGCUAGGCCACAGCUGGCUAAACCAGGCCACUCUGUUUAUCAGUUAGCUUUUAUCUAUUUCAUGGUGGUUUGUGUGAACGGGGCGACCAACGGCCUGUUGCCCUCGGUGCAGACGUACUCCUGUAUGCCCUACGGUAACCUGGCUUAUCACCUGUCGGCUGCUCUGGCAUCCUGUGCCAACCCAGUGGCCUGUAUAGUCGCCCUGUUCUUUCCUAAAAGGUCACUGGUGUUGCUGGGUGUACUGUGUCUCCUGGGCUCAGUCUUUGGAGGAUACAACAUGGCCAUGGCCGCCAUGAGUCCAUGUCCACUACUACAAGGCUCUGCGCUGGGAGAAGCCAUCAUAGUCCUGUCGUGGGUCUUCUUCACGGGGACCCUGUCCUAUGUGAAGGUAAUGGUGGGUGUCAUCCUGAGGGACGAGAGCCACAGCGCCCUGGUGUGGUGUGGAGCAGCGGCACAGACAGGCUCUCUGCUCGGCUCUGCCAUUAUGUUCCCUUUGGUCAAUGUCUGCAACCUGUUCGAGUCAGGAGACUUCUGCAACACCAAGUGCCCUUUAUGAUGAUGACUUAUACCUGAGACACUAACAUACCCACUGAUGGCCCAUCGCUUCUCCAGCUGGUCAGGAGGGACUGUGGCCACCUGGAUUCCCUGUCUUGGUCCUGUGAGAUCCUGCAGUCUCUUCUGCCAUGUGAGGACUCCUCUUACUAGGCCACUGAAAGGCCCAUCUGGUCAGGACCACACCUCCCAGAGUGGACCCCUACCCUCACACACCACUGAACCCCGACCCCACCCAGCCGCUUUCCAUCCCAGUUCUCAGCUAAAUGAGCAGCGCAUCAAAUUGAAUGGGGGAUUUAGCCUCUUUAACAGAAUCAGAUAAUUAAUUCAGAGAAUUAUAAUGCAAUGAACUCUAAACCACCACUCUAGAUAGAUAUCCUAUCUGCCUUGUUGCUGAAUCCACAGAUAUGUCACCUGUGCCUGACACUGUAACUGAUUGUAGGAUCCCCUUGGUAAAGUUGGUAAAACAACAGUCAUUCAAGGAUGAAUAAUUAGCAUUAUUACAACAAUUUACUAUACCACCAGCUCUAAAAUAGCAUAAUCACACUCGAAAAAUGAUAAAGCAGUUUUGUCAAAAUAUCAACAAAAUUUUUGCUUGAACAAUCCCAGAGGGAGACAAAUGCUGGCAGUUGAUAUUCGGGUGAACAGCUUGUGGAAACCAAUUGCUGCAUGCAGACUAUCUAGUGACAGACACACAAGGCAAUAUUCAGACACUAGUACUCCGGUAUGUAUGCCCCAUCUCCUAUGAAUUUCCAUUUAAAUAAUACUCUCCCAUAAAAUGAGAUUGAACGUUACAGCCCUCUGUCAUUUCACUAUAGUGUCUCCCAGUGUUCAGGCCUGCUCCUUUUUUUUUUUCCAUCAGCAGAUAUUGAUGUUGGUUUAAUGAAGUGCCUAAUGCUCCACCCUUGGAAGGGACAUGUCUGUCAGCAUAUGUAAAAUCUUCCUGCUUGUCAAUGUGGCAUGGGGUUCUGCAGGGUUUAGCAUGCC